CGAAGAAUUGUGUAAUUCAGCGAACAGCUAUACAAGUGGAACAGGACCAAUCACGAAUCCCCUUAACCCACGUCACUGCGCUGGCGGGUCAAGCUCGGGAUGUGCAGUGUUGGUGGCAACAAAUGAAGUGGACAUGGCAAUCGGGGGUGAUCAAGGCGGAUCGGUUCGGAUACCAGCUAGUUGGUGUGGAUUGGUUGGUUGAAAGCGACCUUUGGUUUGAUACCGUAUACAGGGGCGCUAUCCGGGGAGUUUGUCGUUGAUCACUUGGGACCAAUGGCAAGGACUGUUAAAGACUGUGCACUGCUGCUAGAGGUAAUCGCCGGGUAUGAUAACGGGAACGAUGCCAGGCAACCAAAUGAUUUGAAAACGCCCUCUUAUUCACAACAGUUGGAGGAGCUUGAUCCGAAAUCAAUUCGAAUCGCCGUUUUGAAGGAAGGUUUCGGUAGUCCAGGAUCUGAUCCAGAAGUUGAUCGUUUGGUUCGAGAAACAAUCGACACGUUUGCUUCAUCAAGUGGGGCUCAUGUUGAAGAAGUAUCUAUUCCUUUACACAAAUCAAGUAUAGCCAUUGGUACUGUUAUUGGAGACAUUGGUGGAGUCGACAUGACAUAUAACACGGCAGGUGUUGGAUUGCAUCACACAGGAUACUAUGCUACUAGUAUGAUGAGGGAUGUUGGAGCUCGGCUUAAACACAAUACUAAGAACCUUCAUCCCAUAAAUAAAGCCCAUCUAAUAGAAGGCACUUUCUUGAAGAAGAAUUAUUGUCAUUUGUACGGCAAGGCUCAGAAUCUGAAGAGGCAACUCGAAAAGGAAUUUGAUGAUGUCUUGGUAGAUUGUGACGUGGUUGUCAUGCCAACGGUUCCCUUCACAGCCCCGCCCAUGUUGGAACGUGGUGCCUCAAUCAAAGAAACGAUCACAUUUGCUCUAAAAGGCAUCAGAACGAAUACCAAAUCCGCGAACUUGACGGGGCAUCCUUCGAUCACCAUCAAUGCCGGGAGUCUCGGCGGAUUACCGGUCGGGAUUUUGUUGACUUCUAAGAAAUUCAACGAACUCCAACUCUUGCAAAUAGCUCAGGCCUUUGAGAAUUUCAUCAAUGACAGUACACAAUAAUGCAACAUAAUCGAAUCAUGUGAUUAAAGUGCUACAAAAUAUUG